UCCGCCGGCAUCGACACUACAGAGAAGACAAUGCAAUCCGCAGGCAAUUCAAGGCAGGAGGAGAUGCCUGCUCCUCCUGUAGCUGAUGCAGUCCAUGAAGCUCUUGCACCGACACCCGCCGCGACGAUGACUUCGACUCCUGCGGGCAUCCAAGAAGACGUUCAAUCCUCAAACGCACCGUAUGCGGCAGCGCAGCCGACGCCAAGCGCGAUGAAGAUGGCGUCGACGCUUCCGCCUAUCGCCAUAGCGCAACCGCUGGGCAACAUUAACCAGAUCCAGUCGCAUCGGGAGGGCGGAAGCAACAUUCCCGUGAACCCGAACGCCCCGCAAGGCAUCUAUCAGAGCGGGCACAACAGCGCAAACCCAAGUCAUCCGUACGUGACUGUCAUGGCCAUGGCCCCAAUUUCGGGCGAUGGGGAGGCAGACAAUUUGCGCUUUGCAUUCUUGCAAAAGUGCCGAUGGAUGGCGGGCUGCUUGAUGGCGUAUUACGUGGCGACCUUCUUGUUCCUGCAGCCGUUUAUUCUAGGCACACUGGGUCUGCUUACGGCGUUUAUGGGCUACUAUGGCUCGCGGCCGCCUGUGGACGCGAUGAGGCUCAAAUGGCUGCGCUGGUACAUUUGGGCGAACUACGUCAUGCUGAUCCUCAAUAUGUGGCUGCUAGUAGUGACGCUGGUAUUCUCGGGGAGCAUGUUCACCUAUGGGGAUACCGACGGCAGUGAUAGCGACAGCAGCGCCGAGGAUGAGUACAUGGAAUCAACAUACUACUACUCCAACAGUGCUGGGCUAUUCGUUGGGCUGUUAGUGGCUGCUAACACGAUCAUGCACCUGCGCUGCCUGCCAUUAGGCGAGUAUCCUCCGCGUGGCAACAUGUACUCGGUCUGGACGCGUGCGAACUCCGUGUUCUUUACGUCGCUGAUGGCCCUGGCCAUCAUGUGUACCCUCACAGCCAUCAGCACGUACAUGCACGAACCAGCGCCGGUCGUGAGGCGUCUGGAGAUGACCAAGCUGCACUCGCUGCGCAACUACCGUGAUAAGGCAGACCGCGCCACGCUCUCGUUCGACCUGGACGCCGAUCUGAGCUCCGUGUUUAAUUGGAACGUGAAGCAGCUCUUCGUGUACGUAAUGGCCGACUUCGAGACCGCCAGCAACUCCCGCAACCAAGUGGUCGUCUGGGACAAGAUUGUGCAGACAAUGGAAGCUGCUAGCCAGCUGCAGCUCCAGGAUGAAGGCGUCAAGUACUUUUUGGCCGAUCAGUACGACGAGUUGCGCGGCGCAAAUGUGACGCUCACUCUCGAGUGGGACAUCAUGCCUGUAUGCGGCCGCCUCUUUGUGCACACUAGCGACACCAAGGCGAACUUUGCGAUGCCAGACAAGUAUCAGGGCAAAGCGCCCAAAGCUGGCGGUCGCUUUUAG